UAGCGUGAUCGGCUCGCGCUCAGUCAUCUCCCGGUUAACCACGUGUGCGUUGGCCAACGGCGCGCUCCGCCGGGGUAUCUGUCUGCCACCUUUUGCCAGCGUUUGCCAGUUGUAAUAAGAAGCUGUUUCCAUAACGUCGUGUCGGCGUCCAGUGCGUCGUAUCGUUAAAUCGUAAAACUUCGUUCCUUGGUGCUUGGACAGUAGCGUGUUUCCACUGCAGUGCAGCUCAAGUUUGCGUUCCCGGUGCAACAAAUUCGAGUUCAGUGAGUUCCCCGCAGUUCAGUGACUACUCUGUGUGUAUAUUUUGCCACAAUGACGGAUCGCAAACGGUCCAGCCAACCGCGCGUCGUACGGACGUACGAGUUCCCGACGAAACCGGAGAAGCAGACACUCGGCCAGUACCUGUACAACAGCCAGGAUGGCAAAAUUCUCGGUCGCACGGCCACCGGUUGGGGUCAACUUAUGCUAUUCUAUGCGGCCUUCUACACCGUGCUGGCCGCCCUGUUUGCCAUUUGCAUGCAGGGUCUACUGGUGACGCUCAACCACGAGUAUCCAAAGUGGCAGCUUGAACAAUCCAUCAUAGGCUCUAGUCCCGGGGUCAGUUUUCGACCCAUGCCGGAAGAUGUGGAACAGGUCGCUUCAAUCCAGUAUGUCGCAGCCAACAAAACGGACGUGGCGGUAUGGACUAACCUCAUCAAUGAGUUCCUAGAACCCUAUGUCGAUCGAACAAAAUUACCUGCGGGCACUGAGCAGGUGAUCUGUGACUUCAAUACUCCUCCACCGGCCGGUAAAGUGUGCUCCUUCGAUGUCAGCAAGCUGGGAACCUGUACGGCGGAGCAAAACUUUGGCUACAAUCGGUCUGCCCCUUGCUUUUUCGUCAAGCUCAACAGGAUCUACGAUUGGGUGCCAGAGUACUACGAUGUUGACGAGCUACCGGAAGAGAUGCCGAAUGAUCUCAUCAACUACAUUAAAGAUCUGAGCGAACAAGAUCGUAAACAGGUGUGGGUGUCUUGCCAGGAGCUGGGCUCCGCAGGCAACAAGACGGACCAUGAGAUUAAUUACGCUCCGAGUAGAGGUUUCCCGUCGUACUACUAUCCGUACCGUAACCAGCAAGGUUACUUGAGCCCGCUCGUUGCCGUUCAGUUCCUUAGACCGCCAACAAAAACCCCUUUCAACAUCGAGUGCCGAGUGUGGGCCAAGAACAUUUUGUACCGUGGGGGAACCAGAGACCGACGAGGCUCCCUGCAGUUUACAAUGCGCAUUGAUUAGAUAGCGUAAAGAUAAGGUGGUAAAUGCUUUGCGGAGUGUGGAGGACCGGAUCCGGAUCGGCUGUGGGCGCCCCAUCUUCCGCCCUUCUAAUCGGCACCAACCACCACUCCGCUGCCGUGCUAUGAAGAUGGUUACUUAAUAGUGGACGAGCGAUUUGAAGAUUAGCGAAACCGAAGCGAACGGAAAACUGAAGAGGCCAACAAUAAACCGAGUUUUAUUUCUGAUCCCAAUUGAAAAAAAACGGAAAGAAAAACGCCUUUUCUUAACCGCGUUUUUGUAUGUAAAUUAUUGGAGGUCAAAAAGAAA